CAUGAGUAGAGGCAAUUCAUUUCCGGUUUUAGUCUCUGUAUGAAGAGUGUUGCAAAUUCUGUUAAUAUAAAAAUGACCGACCUUGUCAUUUAAGUACCUCAGAAUAAGCUAAAGGCAAACACUAAAUGAAUUUAUUCAGGUGCUGGAAUUUGUUUUCCAGGUAUCACAUGGCCUCAAAAAUCUGCACAGACCAUAUAAAAACAUUGUAAAAUACUGUUUUGUACUGUAUGUUUCAUUAUAGACAUGGUUUUGCAGCACGCAAAGAAAAUCCCAAAGCUACUGUUAAUUAUUUCCAUACAAAUUAUGAAUGUUCUUCUCAUAUUUAAUCCAUUUAUAAUUUAUGUUUUAACAUCCUGUGUCAAAUGGUCUUGGAUGGGCAAGUGGGUGGGGUGUCCGUCUGGAUCACAUUUAAAACACUUAACUGCUUUUCUGCUGUGUGUGUGGUUUGGCAGCUCCAGAGGAAAAGACACUAACACAGGCAGGGGACUAGACAGAUUUUUAAAAAAGAAGAAAGGAACACACAAGCAAUUAAAAGGCUUGCUUAGAGGCACAUCAGUGCCCUUUACAUUUACAAACCACAAUAGGAUCUCGACAAAUGAUAGAUUGAAAGAGCUCAACAUACAGAUAUUGUAACCACUGAAAUUAGGAAGCCAUACAUAAGCAGUCUUUUCAUGAGGAAAUGUAAUGAAGAAAAGUGAACACAGAUCAGAGACCCUGUAUCACCUAUUGUAUCUUUCAGGCCCUCAAUUUAUUUGAACAAAAUGGAGUGUGCUGAUCAUAAGUCUUCAAGGGAAAAGUUUAUUUUCUGAGGUAAUAUUGAGGUUUUAACUUACUUAUUUACAAGCUAACUGCUCAGGUUUGCAUUAAAACAUCAGCAGUAAGAGACAGAUGUUUUAAAGCCUCUGAAGCCUUCUCCAUUUGGCUUGUGGGUGUCUGGGUUGCUGUGACACACACUCACACUCUCUACUGUGCAGUUGGAAGAUCAAGAGUUUGUUGCACAUACCUACACUGAGUGUAUGUGUGUGGUCUGAGGGACUCGGCUGGUCUGGGAAACUGAGUCAGAGAGACAACCGACCCUGUGUUUUCUGCCAGUAGUAAAAGUUCAUACUGCCGAGUGCUUCUCAGAGAAACAAGCAGAGUCAAGGGAUGAUGAUGAAGAUGAAACAAACUCUGUGCAGAAUCUUCUGCUUGGUGACUCUGGUGGUGGAGCUCAGCUGGAUAAAUGUGGGCUACACCAGGCACAGAGAGGGAGGAAGUAGGGUAAUGAAGCAAUGGGAAAGGAAGGUGCGGUCAGCUUCGAGUCUGGAUGAGCUGCUGAGGCUCGCAGACUUUCCUGACUGGAAGCUGUGGAAAUGUCGUCUGAAACUGCAGUAUCCAGAGACCCAGAGAGAGACGCUCUCUUCUCCACCUUCAGUAGGCUCACACCGCUCCACACGUUAUGCUGCUGAGUCUUACAGCCUGGAGAUCCUCAAAGCCAUAGAUGAAGAGUGGCAGCGGACUCAGUGCAUGCCAAGGGAAGCGUGUGUCGACGUGGCCAAGGAGCUGGGCACUGACCCAUCAUUGUUUUUCAAGCCGCCUUGUGUGUCUGUUCACAGGUGCGGUGGUUGCUGCAAUCAAGAGGGUGUCAUUUGCAGAAACACAACUGCUGUUGAUGUGAAUAAAACUGUCCUUAGUGUCAUUCCAUUCAAGUUUGUACCAGAACCGGUGCUAAUAAAAGUAGCUAAUCAUACAGAGUGCACGUGCAUGGAGCCCGCUAUAAUACGACGCAGUGCUGAACCUCAUAGGAGUAGUGGCUGUUCUCUGAUGGGCCGGCUGUCGGAGGCAGAGGACUCCAGGAGACUUUGUGCCAGUGGAUUGAUUUGGGAUUGUUCCACAGAUAGAUGCAUACCUUAUCCCUCCAGUAUACCAGAUUUUACACUCAGUUCAGGGAUGCCUGACUGUGAAUUAGACGUGGAGCGCUGUGACUGUCUUCCCAGACCUGUAUCGACUUUCCAGCCAAUUCUAAUCGACCGCUGCCAACUCAACUCUUCCAUCUGUGCCCACAAGCAUCAACGCUUUGAUAAAGCAUCCUGCAGAUGCAAACCCCCAAGUUCACUGGGAAACUAAAUGACAACAACCUGCUUGCAAGUAUGGUUGGACGCAGAUUAAUAAAAAAAGGCUCAUAAUUUAUUUUGUCCUAUUUAUGCUGAUCACUUUAAGAUGAUAUUAGCUCACAUGACCUUGUUAAUGGAUUUUUAACAUGCUUACCUUGUGUUUCAAUCCGUGUCAAAAUUAUGAUUUGUACAUUUGU